AUGUUCUACAACUUUCAUCGUCUUCUUCUCUUCCUUGUUUACACCCAAGUUGUUCACGGUCAUUUAUGUUAUUCCAAUAGUACAUUUUAUUAUUCUCAAAAGAACUUUUUUUGGAAUAAUUUCACAAAUUAUCUUCAACCAAUAUCAACAGUACAACAAUCGUUCUCAACUCCAUGUCAUGUUCGAAUAAGCGUGGAUUAUAGUUCUAUGCAUAAUCGCUCUAUUAUUAUUAAAUUUGGUUCGCCGAUCAUUCAUAAUCAUACGCAUAUUGAGUUUGGCUCUCAAAUCGAAUUUCUUCCGAAUAAUCGUCAAUCGAUUGUAAGUUAUCUUGAUUAUACUUGUUUAUCCGAUGAUAUAUGUGAGAGGAAAUUUCUUGAUUACUGGCCCAAGCUUUUACUCAAUAAUCGAAAUAAUUCGUUACAUACGAGUUUUCUUCCACUAUGGGACAAAUCGAAUAGUAAUACAAGUAAAUGUCAAACAGAUAGAGUAACAAAUACAUGCGCAAGUUAUUUAUGUUUUAUGAUCUAUGAUGAAUUAAAAAAUCUCAGUUAUGGUAAAUUCCACUGUAACGACUUAUCAUCAACAAAUCCGGUCUUAAUUCAUGUGAAAACCUAUUCAGGAAGUCAUACGAAUGAUUAUCAAUGCACGAAGAAUCUUUGUACACAAGAACUUUCGUAUAAUUUAACCAUACAGCCCGAUUAUGAUGAAUUAAUGAUGAAACGAAUCAGGGAUGAAACAAAUAAACUUAUUUUUCAACGUGCAACACUUAUCGUUAGUGUUCUAGUAAUUAUUGCUUGCAUUGCUUGUUGGUUCCAAUGUCGAAAUUAUCGACGAGGAUAUCGCUUAACAAAAACAACUGCUUGA